GUGCUGGAACAGCUGAGGGGCAUUGUCAACGAGGGGGACCCUAAGACCAAAUACAUUGAUUUUGUUCAAGUUGGCCAAGGGUGGCCCUAAAGAAGAUGCCUCUGCGCAGACGGAGCAGGAAGGAACUCCUUGUCAACGAGAUUCAGAUCAUGAAGGAAAACAGGCAUCCCAAUAUUGUCAAUUAUAUAGACAGCUACCUGGUGAAUGAAGACCUGUGGCUCGUGAUGGAAUAUGUGGAUGGAGGCACUUUAACCAGUGUUCUUGUCCGAGUCUUAAUGGAGGAAGGAAUGAUAGCUGCUAUCAGCAAGGAGUGCCUCAAAGCCCUGGAUUUUCUUCAUUCAAAGAAUGUGAUCCACAGAGAUGUCAAAAGUGACAAUAUUCUUCUCGGGAUGGACGGCUCUGUGAAACUGACUGAUUUUGGCCUGUGUGCUCAGCUGAGCCCGGAGCGGAGCACACGGUGCACGAUGCUUGGCUCUCCUUACUGGGUAGCACCAGAAAUUGUGAAAAGAAAGGAAUAUGACACCCAAGUGGACAUCUGGGCCCUUGGGAUUGUGGCCAUUGAAAUGCUGGAGGGAGAACCUCCAUACUUUAAAGAAAGCCCCAUCCAGGCUCAGCGCCUGAUUGCCCGGAACAGGUACCCCCCUCUGAGGAUGCCCAGCAAGAUGUCAAUUCUGUUCCACGCCUUCCUGCACUCCUGCCUGGACACCAACCCCAGCAUCCGCUGGACAGCCAGGGAGCUCCUGCAGCAUCCAUUUUUACGAACAGCCGUGAGUCUCUCUGUCCUGCCUGACUUGAUCUGUAUAGCCAGGAAAGUCUGUCAGACCACGGAAACAGCUCAGGACAGCAGUGCCAACACACAGGAAAAGAAGGAAUAAAAUUUUCACUCCUUUGGGAGAUUUGCUCCCUUCUCACCCAAUGGUUCCAUUCACUUCUGAAUUAUUGGUUGCUUCUCAAAGAUGCAAAGUCCCAAUUAUGGGGGUUUUGGAAUGGUUUGGAAAUGGGGAAGGGUCUCCUUCAUUCAUCAGCUUCAUUCAUCAGCCACGCUGGCUCUGAAAUGCCCAUGGGCUGGGAUUUGCCCACUUGUGGCACUUCUGGGUGAGGGAGAAAGUGCAAUGCAUUUCCAGCCAAAUGGGGGAGGCAAAACAUCCUGUUGGAUACACACAAUCAGCUGGGACUGUGGAGUGUUUGGGGAAUUCACUGUCCUCCCUCCACCUGGCAGAACACAUUGACAAAAAAAAAAAAAAAUAGAGAUUACAGAGG